GCCGCCGCCGCCACCACCGGAGCUCUGCAGGCCGCCGCGGCAGCAGCGCCUCUCCCGGAUAGCGGCCGCUCGGCCCUCAGCAGGCAGGAGAGACGGAGGGAAGGGGAAGGCGGCGGCGGCGGCUGCCAGCCCCGCGCCGCGGCCGCUCCAACCGGCUACCUGUGCGGCCGGGCCUGAGCGCCGAGCCCCGGCCCCGACAUGUCCGGCAAGAUCGAGAAAGCAGAUUCGGAGCGUUCCCACCUCUCCUCGUUCACAAUGAAGUUGAAGGGCAAGUUUCACUCACCCAAAAUAAAGAGAACCCCUUCAAAGAAAGGCAAGCAAGUGGACCUGACAGUGAAAACACCAGAGAAGGCAGUCAACAAAAACGUCUCGUGGCUGGAGGAGAAGGAGAAGGAGGUCGUCAGUGCCCUGCGCUACUUCAAGACUAUUGUGGACAAAAUGGCAAUUGACAAGAAAGUCCUGGAGAUGCUGCCAGGCUCUGCAAGCAAAGUGCUGGAAGCCAUCCUGCCCCUGGUGCAAACUGAGCCACGCAUCCAGCAGAGCUCUGCCAUCUCCUCCUGCUACAGCCGAGUGUACCAGAGCCUGGCCAACCUCAUCCGCUGGUCCGAUCAGGUGAUGCUGGAAGGGGUGAAUUCAGAAGACAAGGAGAUGGUGACAACAGUGAAGGGUGUGAUCAAAGCUGUUCUGGAUGGAGUCAAGGAGCUGGUCAAGCUCACCAUUGAGAAGCAGGAGCAUCCCUCUCCCACGAGCCCAGUGAAGCCCAGCUUGCCAGCGUGUAAAUCCGACAGCCCCUCAGAGCUUCCCCUCACAGAGCGAGAAAUGGAGAUCCUCAACAAAACGACUAACAUGACCCAGUCCAACGAGCUACUGACUGACUCCAUGGAUGAAGAAGUUGCCCCUCCCAAACCCCCUCUGCCCAGCAUUCGUGUGGCAGAGAACAGCCCUCCACCAGCGUUGCCCCCUAAAAAGCGGCAGUCGGCACCUUCCCCAACCAGAGUGGCGGUCGUGGCCCCCAUGAGCCGAGCCACCAGUGGGUCCAGUUUGCCUGUUGGAAUCAACAGACAGGAUUUCGACGUGGACUGCUAUGCCCAGAGGAGGCUGUCGGGUGGGAGCCACUCCUACGGCGGGGAGUCUCCUCGCCUCUCGCCCUGCAGCAGCAUCGGCAAGCUCAGCAAGUCCGACGAGCAGCUCUCCUCCCUGGACCGGGACAGUGGGCAGUGCUCCCGCAACACAAGCUGUGAAACCUUGGAUCAAUCAGAUCACUACGAUCCAGACUAUGAAUUCCUGCAGCAGGACCUGUCCAACGCUGAUCAGAUUCCUCAGCAGGUGCCAGGCAUCCUCAGCCCGCUGCCGGAGUCCUCGGGCGAGUCUGGCUCCCCCUUCCACGGACAGCCCUUCCCGCUGCCGCCGGGCAGCUCUCCCCCGCUGGAGCUCUGCAGCCUCUCGGGGGCAGCGCAGCCGACAGAGACCCCUCCAGCUUUGCCCGAGAAGAAGAGGAGGAGUGCAGCCUCUCAGACCUCAGAGGGCUCAGGCUGCAGGGUGUCCUACGAGAGGCACCCGUCCCAGUACGACAACAUCUCGGAGGACGACCUGCAGAGCGCGGCCUCGCUCCCCUCCCUUCCCUUCCCGCCCUUUGCUGCUGUUUUGCCUAUCCAGCAAGGAAACUCUUCGGCACCAGUUGAAUUCAUUGCUGACUUUGCUGCUCCAGAUUCUAACAGUGACCCAGAGAAGCCACCACCUCUGCCAGAGAAGAAAAACAAACACAUGAUGGCUUACAUGCAGUUCGUGGAAGACUACUCGGAGCCACAGCCGUCCAUGUUCUACCAGACCCCUCAGAACGAGCACAUCUACCAGCAGAAGAACAAGCACCUGAUGGAAGUCUAUGGCAUCAAUGACUCCUUCAUCAGCUCAGACCCCUCCCAAGACCUGGCUCCUCCUCCUGCUCUCCCACCCAAGCAGCGGCAGCUGCAGGCCUCCUAUGCUGCCUCCUCUUUCUCCUCUGUCUCCUACUGUGUCCAGCAAACUAAAGUGCCCUUCACCCCCGAGGACAGCGCUGCCACUCAGGGCCUCACUAUGUCAGUCUCUAACUCCUUUCUCAACCGGCACAGCUCCUUUCCUGUGCACUCGUACAAGUCCGUGUUCAGGUCCUACUCCCAGGACUUUGUGCCUCACAACCAAGCCUCCAUACCUCCUUUCCUCUCUUCUACCUCCUCCUCCUCCUCCUGCUCCACCCCGCCUUUUCCUCCCGUCCAUCCGUCUCAGAGCUCUGACCUAGCGGUGCCCUCCGCAGCCAGCCAGCCACCCAGCACUGUGGAUGUGCCAAACUCCUCUUCUCAGGAGAGCAGCUUUAACGGGAGUGCUGCUGUCUGCCUUCCUUCUGAACCCUCUCUCACUGAUUCUCUCCAGACACCUUCGAGUGACAACGCCAGUGAGGAAGCUGGGGAGGGUGAAUACGUCAAUCUGUACUCCUCUGGCCAGAGCAACGGGGAACUCCCAGGCUCUGCAGGAGAAUCUCCCUCUGUCAAAGACUCCAAAGACUCCACUUCAAACAGCAGCACCAUGGGGAAGGAAGGCAAAGAUGGUGCUGAAAGGCAGCAGCAGUCUCCAGAUGCUUUGGAAUCCUCAGAGCUGGAGGAAGAGGUAGAUGAGCUGUCCCUUAUCGACCACAGCGAAAUCAUGGCCCGGCUAACGCUGAAGCAGGAGGGGGAUGAUGGCCCAGAUGUUCGUGGUGGCUCUGGAGACAUUUUGUUGGUGCAUGCCACAGAGACCGACAGGAAAGACCUGGUGCUGUACUGUGAAGCCUUCCUGACCACCUACAGGACUUUCAUCACCCCUGAGGAGCUGAUCAAGAAGCUGCAGUACAGAUAUGAGAAGUUUUGCCACUUCCCAGACACGUUCAAGAAGAGAGUCAGCAAGAACACCUUCUUUGUGCUGGUCAGAGUGGUGGAUGAGCUCUGCUUGGUGGAGCUGACAGAGGAGAUCCUCAAGCUGCUGAUGGACCUGGUCUUCAGGCUGGUCUGCAACGGGGAGCUGAGCCUGGCCAGGGUCCUGCGCAAGAACAUCCUUGAUAAGGUGGAUCAGAAGAAGAUGCUGAGCUAUGCCAACUCCAUCAAACCUCUGGCAGCCAGAGGAGUGGCAGCCAGGCCAGGGACCCUGCAUGACUUCCACAGCCACGAGAUCGCUGAGCAGCUGACCCUCCUCGACGCUGAGCUCUUCUACAAGAUCGAGAUCCCAGAAGUUUUGCUUUGGGCAAAGGAGCAAAAUGAAGAGAAGAGCCCCAACCUGACACAGUUCACAGAGCACUUUAAUAACAUGUCCUACUGGGUCCGGUCGAUAAUUAUGCUCCAAGAGAAAGCCCAGGACCGAGAGAGGCUGCUCCUGAAAUUUAUCAAGAUUAUGAAGCACUUACGGAAGCUGAACAAUUUUAAUUCCUACCUGGCCAUUCUUUCUGCACUGGAUUCUGCCCCCAUCCGAAGGCUGGAGUGGCAGAAACAAACCUCAGAGGGCCUGGCAGAGUACUGCACACUGAUCGACAGCUCCUCGUCCUUCCGCGCCUACCGAGCGGCUCUGGCUGAUGUGGAGCCUCCCUGCAUCCCUUACCUAGGCCUGAUCCUGCAGGACCUGACCUUUGUCCACCUGGGGAACCCUGAUUACAUUGACAGCAAAGUGAACUUCUCCAAGCGCUGGCAGCAGUUUAACAUCCUGGACAGCAUGAGGUGCUUCCAGCAAGUACACUAUGACAUCAAGAGGAACGAGGACAUUGUGUCCUUCUUCAACGACUUCAGCGACCACCUGGCCGAGGAGGCCCUGUGGGAACUGUCCCUCAAGAUCAAACCUCGCAACAUCACCAGGCGCAAAACAGAGCGGGAGGAGAAGACCUAGGAGCAGGGCUGGGGUGAGCCAGGGGAAUUGCUCCACACAGGCACCGAGGGCAGCUAUGAGACUGGAGUUCCAUGUUUGUACCUGUUACUGGAUGAUGCCCCCUGCUCCCAGCUGGCAGUGCCCCCGGCGGGGGGAGCGCGGGGCGGUCACGGCGCAGAAGUGACCGAGGCAGGGAUCCGCCGGUGCUCGCCGCGUUCGCCCUCCUCCUCCUCCUCCUCCUCCUCCUCCUCCUCCCAGCCCUCUGUGCCAGCAACCAGCUUCCAACCCGGGGAGAGAGCUCUGUGGAAGGAGGGUCCCACGCCAGCCUGUCGCUGGCUUGCCAGCUGAUGGCAUCUGGGAGCAGCCCAGCGCUGGGGCUGGGAGGGUCGGCAAGAGCUCGGCAGCCGCAGCCCUGCCUCCGGAGUGGUGCUCAGCAGGCAGCAGCUGUGGGAGCCGAGGGUUUGAGCGUCCCCUGCAGUGCCACCUGGGAAGGUGUCCAUCCCUAGGAGACGAGGAUGGAAGAGACUCCCACUGCCUGCUGGAGGAGCUCUGCUGUCAGAGAGCUGCUUGUGUUUACAGGGGGCUUGGCUUUACCCCCGACCCCGGCACCUUCUUCAGCGGGAGGAAGGCACCGGCCGCAGAUAUGGAAGAGGCACUGAAACUGUGGGCAGGGACCUGCCAUCUCCAGCCAUCCAAUCCCCCUCCUCCUCCUCCUCCUCCUCUCAAAUCCCCUUAUUUAAGCAACGUUCUUCAUCCCCCAGCCCCUGCAGACGCCGAGUGCCCGCCCUGGGCCCGCGCCGGGCAGCGCCGGUGCAGAGCUUUGCACAGUGGCUGCCGUAGGACACAGGAGUGUAGAUAUUAGAGCUUAGAGCCCCGGGGGUGCAUGCCUGAGACUGAGGCCUUGGGGGCAGGAACCUGCAAACCAUUCUGUGUACAGUCCAGAGCCAGCCCCCAGCGUUCCUGGAGCGGAAGAAGGGAGGCUGCAGGAGCCAGCG